CCCACUGUGCGGUUACGGUUAGCAGGCGUCGCCCCUCCGAGGCCGGGACGUCUAACGGAUGUCAGUACACAAGCUGGUUAUUGGUACUUGGGAAGACGAGGUUGUGUGUCCACUCAGCCAUGUUAGCAGUUCCUCGCCAACCAUAUUUUGCGCCUGGUACAUCUCCGAGAGCAGAGAAUGGCGGAAGAUAAUAUGAUUGUGGGUGAAAUGCAAGAGGAAAUGUGUCGCGACGCAGUUUGGAAAUGAAGUGACAAGCAAUAGAGCUUUCUUGUCGCGCUUCUGUGCUCCUACACUUCCACUGAUGACACUCGUGUAAUUUUGACGCAGUCGUUCGGAAUUGUAUAUGCUAUUUUAAUAUGGCUAACGUUAUUUCAGAAUGAAGUUACGUGCUGUACCGUAAGAGUCCCACGACAGUGUUAGGGUUGUGAGUACCACUUAGUGCUGUCGAUUAUUCAGAUCCUGUGCGGUAUGGAUAACUUGAAGCUAUCUCGUUCGAACUCCUCGAGUUUCGGUGCAAAUGACGAUACAUAUGUCGGUUUUGUGAAUGAAUCUGUAGAGGAAUAUCUGGUUAGGAUGCUGGGCCCUAAGCAUCUACCACUGGCGGUGGUUCUUCCAAUUACCAUUAUCUACGUCACCAUCUUUGUCUCAGGUGUUGUCGGCAAUGUGGCGGUUUGCGUGGUGAUCGCACGCAACAAAUCCAUGCGGACGGCCACCAACUACUAUCUCUUCAGCCUCGCAGUGUCCGACCUAACGCUGCUGCUCCUGGGUUUGCCGUAUGACUUGGGGGUGUAUUGGCAGCAAUACCCAUGGGUCCUUGGUGAGACUCUUUGCAAGCUGAGGGCUCUGGGAUCCGAAAUGUCUUCCUACACAUCAGUGCUCACAAUCGUAGCGUUCUCCACGGAGCGCUACCUCGCCAUUUGUCAGCCAAUCCACUCAUACACUACCUCCAGCCCGAGAAUCGCCCUGAGAGUCAUCGUGGUCUUGUGGUGCGUGUCCCUUCUGAGCGCUGCGCCCUUUGCUGUCUACACCAAAAUCAACUACGUGGAGUAUCCCCCAGGCUCAUCACAUCAGAUAGCAGAGUCUGCCUUCUGUGCUAUGUUGGACCAAGCUCUGCCAUCACACUGGCCCAUGUAUGAGUUCAGUGCUUUUCUCUUCUUCCUGGGUCCAAUGCUGAUAAUUGUAGUUCUCUAUAUCCGCAUGGGUGUCACAAUACACAGCCGAAUGAUCAAGUUUCCAGGUGAAACUAAGUGUCUGGACUCUCGGACCAAGCCCAUCAUCAGAAUGCUUGUGGCAGUGGUGAUCACAUUCUUCCUGUGUUGGGCCCCCUUCCAUAUGCAGCGUCUGUUCUAUAUUUAUGGUAAACACUCACCCAACUUUGACAAGAUUAAUGAGUGGGCAUAUUAUAUAACAGGAUGUUUCUACUUUUUCUCCUGCACAGUCAACCCUGUGCUUUACAACGUGAUGUCUGCAAAGUAUCGCCUGGCUUUCCGAAAGACACUUUGUUGUGAUAAGGCUGACAGUGGUGCAAACAGAGAAGCAUCUGUUUUCAGGGACACCACAGUUGUCUACGUGAAUUCUCACUUGGAUCGCUGCAGGUCCAUUAACAACCAUGAUGAAGAGAAGCGAUUCAGAUCACUCAGCAGGAACUCUAAUGACAGUGAUAUUCCAAACAACGUGCUAGAGAGUGUAACACUGAACAAUCUACAACAGGAUUCAUCAUCAAUAAAAGAAAGGGCACAAGAACACAUCAGUACAAAACAGUUUGAUAUGCUAAUUGAUUGUUACAGCACUAGAGAAAGAAGAUUGUGCCAAAGAUGCGGUUCCACCUCAAAUCAAAGACACCACUGUGAUGAAGUUUCAGACCUGAUUGUUAGUGUGAAUGCUUCAUCCAUAGAAAGUGGUAAGUAUAGGUCUGCGCUUCUUAAAAUAUAAACUGUGAUCAGGAGUAGCAUAUAGCUCAUUUGCAAAUCCAAAAUUGACAACAAAGACAGCCAUAUGUUGAGGUAAGUGCCACUCACUUGAAGGCAUAAAUGUGAACAUCAUUACUCAAUUUGAAAUAUUUCUUAUGGUCCAUAGCCGCAGACAUAUUGGAAAUAUCUUCCUUAUCCAGAAACACAACAAAAUUAAUACAUCUCUCACAUCCAGAAUACAAGUACUACUAUUGCACAAAUAACUUGUUUGGAAGUCUCCUUUUUUAAUUUAUCCAUCCACACCAAUUUCCAAGAGAGUCUUUCAUCUUUUGUGAUGAAUGAAAUACUACAGCACUUUGUAUGCUCAAUGUAACUUUGGACAAUUCUUCGUUCUGUAGCAGUUUUUAUUAUGUACACAGUGAAUAAAUUUAAUGUCUUAAUAUUUAGA